CCAGCGGCAACGGAGCUAUCCCGGAAGAGGAACGUCAUGGAUAUAGACUAAUUUAUAGGCAACUAUGGGCGUGACAUGAAGCCGCAAAAGCUGCGCCACAUUUAGAGACGCUUGUGAUUUAUAAAAGGAAACCGGCGUAGGACGUGCGUGCGCACAGUUUUAUAAAUCAAAAUAUUUCUGUGCGUACGCACGUCCUCUGUUUCGUCCGUAUGUCACUUUGGACGCAAAUCUGCUGUUUUAGAAAUGAAAAAUAGAAACGAUUCCAUUGGUUUCCAAGUGUGCUCUAUAAUAACAAAUAACAUAAUGUAAGGCCUACAAGGACUAAGGACCAAACACCAGGAUAUGCUAAGCUCUGCUUUGCAUGGAUGCUGGAACUCAGCUGGGAGACAGGAAGAGACGGAGAGGAUGUCGUGCAACCUUGUGAAUGUCAUGGGUGGCAGGAUUUCUCUGCAAAUCAACUAGGUUUUGCACAUGGCUCUGAUUGGUCUAGUCGGAGUCUAUCUGGGCUGUGAUUGGUGCAGUCAGUCUGUGAAAUGAGUAUUUAAUGGACUCGACUGUGAAACAUCAGUACCUGAAAACCCAGAGAUUCAAAGGGAUAACAUGAUGAGGAAAAUCUGCAUUCUAGUGGCCCUGUUGCUGCUCUUUCCUGCUCCUGGGGUGUCAAACCUGAGACCUAGCAUGAUUAUACAAACUAGUUUCAGCAGUUUCUCGUUGCCCUGGAAACCGGCACAGGCCUUCUGCAGAGGAAAAAACUUAGACCUGGUCACCAUCAGCAGUGCAAAAGAGAAUCAGAACUUUGUCAAUGGCCAGGGAUGGAUCGGUCUAUACCGAGAGAAUUCAACCUCUAAGUGGAAAUGGUCCAGAGGAGACGUGAGAGCCGACUACACCAACUGGAACACCAAUGAACCAAAAUAUGGUGAGAACUGUGCUUUUAAGCACAACGGUGUACCACUAUGGGAGAGCGAUCGCUGUGAAAGCAGCCACAGUGUGAUGUGCGUUGAUGAGACGCUGGUUCUGGUGAAGGAGAACAAGACGUGGGAGCAGGCAUUAAACCACUGCAGGACUCUGGAGGCGGUGGACUCGAGUAAUCCAGCCACUGCUUACCAGAACUACCGCUAUGACCUGGCCACCCUGCUCACUUCAGAUGACCACGUCUACGCACGAGAGAAGGCACAAGAUGCUACCACUAAUGAGGUGUGGACGGGCCUGCGUUACCUGGCUGGUCAGUGGCUGUGGGUGGGAGGAGAACAAGUGCAGUACCAGGAUAUUAAAAGUUGCCAGACUCUGACAAGCUGUGGCAUCCUAGUGAAGAACGGCAUCACACAGUUUGAGACCAUGGACUGCAUGUGGAAAAGGAACUUCCUCUGUUACAAGAAGCGUUGAACAUAACAUAACCAUGAAUGUCAUUCUUUAAGAAAGUCUACUUCUUCCUUCCCAGUUCAUGUUUUAAUUUUGUGAUUACUGUAAGAUUUCAUAACAACAUCAUCUUUUAUUAGGUCCAAAAGGUCAGGGUUAGGGUUUCAGAAAUCAUGUCAUCUGUAAAAGAAGAAAAAAAGAAAAGAAAAUUAAGAAUGUAUAAGUUUUUAUAUAUUUAGAAUGGGACAUAUAUUUAUAUUCCAUUUUAUUCUCCCCAUGAGUUUGCUAUGUUUACUUUUUGUACUGCACGUGGAACAAAGACAUUACAGCUGUAACUAAAUAAAAUGAAAUACAAUACAUA